ACUUUUUUAUUACAUAAAAUAUAUAAAGAAAAUAAAUCGUUAUCGCGAGAGAAUUCGAUCGAUGACAAUGGCGAAUGUUUCGAAUAUAAAUAAAAUAUAUGUUUAUAAUUUUCCAUUAGUUCUAUUCGAUAACGAUAUAAUGUGUUUUGAAGAUACUCGUUUAUCAUCGUGCAUAUAACAACGUGAUGAUGGAUAAAAAUGAAGAUAAGAGAAGAGAUGUCUCCCAGUCAAUAUUAUCACGUGCAGUGCACGCCAACCGUCUACCCGGCUGAUCCUUUUAAUUCCGAGGAAGAUGCGACUCUUUUACGAACAGCAAUGAAAGGCUUUGGUACUGAUGAACAAGCCAUUAUCGAUGUACUUGCCCAUCGUGGAAUCGUUCAGCGUCUUGAAAUCGUUGAAAAAUUUAAAACGAUGUACGGGAAAGAUCUUAUCUCUGAAUUGAAGUCCGAGCUUGGCGGUAAUUUUGAAAAAGCUAUUAUUGCCCUGAUGACACCACUUCCAGAAUUUUAUGCAAAAGAAUUGCACGAUGCAAUUUCUGGAAUGGGCACGGACGAAGGUGCUCUCAUCGAAGUACUAGCAUCUUUAAGCAAUUAUGGGGUUAAAACUAUAGCUGCCGUUUAUAAAGAACUGUACGAUACUGAUUUGGAGGAUGAUCUCAAAAGCGAUACUUCCGGUCAUUUCAAGAGGCUCCUUGUUUCGUUAUCAUGUGCAAACAGAGAUGAAAGUUCGGAAGUCGACGUUGCAGCCGCUACGGAGGAUGCCGAAAAACUUUUAGCCGCUGGUGAAGAACAAUGGGGAACGGAUGAGAGUACAUUUAAUUCUAUAUUGAUCACGAGAAGUUUCCCACAAUUAAGACAAAUUUUCAAAGAAUAUGAACGCCUGGCUGGUCAUUCAUUGGAAGAAGCUAUCAAACAAGAAUUUUCAGGCUCUCUUGAAGAUGGUUAUCUAGCAGUUGUAAAAUGCGCCAGAGACAAAACCGCAUACUUCGCAGAAAGACUAUACAAAGCUAUGAACGGAAUUGGUACUACUGAUUCAACUUUAAUACGAAUAAUAGUAGCACGAUCGGAAAUUGAUUUGGGUGACAUCAAGGAGGAUUAUCAAAAAAUUUAUGGGACAUCGCUUGCAGGUGACAUCGAUGAUGACACUUCCGGUGACUACAAGAGACUCUUGCUUGCCCUACUCGGAUGAAAACGUUUUGAUCGUUCAACAUCUCCUUUUUGCUUUUAAAUCGUAUUUUAAUACCAUGGAUGAUACGUAAUGAUUAUCUCUUCUAAAUUUUAAGUUAAUUAGUUUCUUCUCAAUAUGAUUCUCAUGAUUGAGGGUGAAUAAGAUUUGAUUAAUGUAUGUGUGUGCGUGUUCCAAUAUUUUUUUUUUUUGAUUCGUUCCGUUUUUUUUUUCUUUUUCUUUUUUUCUCCCCCUUCUUCUUUGUCCCACCUCGAAUAAAGUGCAGAUAAUCGCAUUUAUAGAUCAUGCUGGUCUGCACUUUAAAAUUACAUUAUAUACGAAACUUUCAAGAGAAAGGAUUAAUCGAAACCAUUUUACAAAAUAAAGGCUGUGAGCUACUAUAAAAAAAAAAAGGAAGAAAAAAAAAGGAAAACAAAAAAAAAUAAAGAAAAGAAAAUAAUAUUUUGUAUUUUUAAUUUGCAUUACUUUAUCGAAGAUAUCGAUUAGCAUUUAGUCAUUACGUUAUCCGACUUAUAACUUUCUCUCACAGGGGCUUCGAUAAAUAAAAAUAUAUGGUAGUAACACGAGGAUUAAUACAUCUAAUUAACAUUAAUACAUGUGUGUAAAUUAACAAAAUAUACUAAUUGUAAUUUAUUUUUGGAACAUGCAUGCGUAUGAAUGACAUUCGGCGUGGUGUGUGUGUAUAUAUAUAUAUAUAUGUAUAUAUAUAUAUA